AUGAGCCAGCAACACCCCUGGGGCGCCCCGAGACAAACCCAAAGCACACGCCUCGCGCCUCUCUCGACUGCCUUUGCCCACGAGCAGCAGCAGCGCAACACCACCACCGCCCACGCCCCCUCGCCCAGCCACGCCCGCCCCAGCCAGUCGCCCGCGUCAUCGGCCUUCCCCUCGCUGCCGCCUGCAUCGUCGCGCCUGGUCCGCAGCCGCAAGUCGUCGGCAGCCUCGUCGACGUCGUCGCCCUUCUCGCCCGCAGGACAGCAGCUCCCCGCCAGCCAGCUGCUGUCCUCCCGUGGGUCCAGGACCAUAGCGCCCCAAGCUGCUUCGCACCUGGCUUCCUCCGCCGCAGCCGCUACUCAGGGCGCCAGUGCACAUUCAACCAGCGGCGGAGGAGCCUCCAAGCUUGUCCGCGCCUCGCCCUCGCUCUCCGCCUCGAGCACCACCGGCUCGCCCAGCACCUCGGUCAACUCGUCUGCCGCCUCCUCGCAGAAUCUCUCGCGCAUCGUCAUCGCCCAGAUCUUCCUCCUGCUGAGUCAAUUCGGCCCUGUGAAGGACGACAAGGACCGCGCCAAGUGGGACACGCAAACCGAGCAGAUCAGGAAGCUGGUUGACACAAACGGCAUGGAGGUCUUCACCAAGUAUUUCCGCCGUGUGCUGCAGAACAAUGCAGCCACCAUCUUUGGCUCGGGCGCACGCAACGCCGACCCCAAUGGCAGCUACCAGAUCCUCCUUGCAGAAGUACACAAGAUACGGAAGGAUCCAGAGCAGGCAGACAAGAUUACAGAGUCGAUCAGCACGAGCGAGGGCGACUUGUUCCGUGAUUUCGAUCUCGCAACCUUUGUCUCCCACUUCAAACUUGAUUCGGUCGCAAAGACUAUGCUGGCGCUCGCCUGCCGAAGGACAGAUUUGCGAUCCAAAGCCGACGCGGUGCUGUCCACUGUGGGCGACGACUUGCUCAUGUCCAUUGCGCAACCAGCCCAGCCAGAGGAUAUGAGCCACGAUUACCUCGCCUCCCUCGUCGAGCGCCUACUACAAGACCCGCCACAGGGAUGGGACGAAGAGAAGAAGAUGAGCCUGGCAUAUGCCGUGCAGAUGCGAUAUCAGCAGACACACCAACAGAUACCGGGCAUCGUCGAAUCGAAGCUGAUACUCGUCGAGCUCACCGACGGAGCGCGGAACCCCCUUGUCAAACUUGUCAAACAGGCAGGCCCGCAAGGCACGGCUACGGUUGAGGCAUGCAAAGAAGUGCUUGCGUCGGCCGAGACACGCGACAUUAGUUAUCAACAGGUUGCGGCAGUUUUGCUGUAUCUUGCACUCUCAACCGGAUACAAUGCCAAGAACUUUGUAGCCGCGCUGCGCGAACACCGAACGGGACAGCGGAUAGACUGGCAAGAUGUGGUGCUCGCUUUCGAUCGAGAUCACCUGCGCAUCGAACGACACCAAUUCCUGGCCAUUUACAACGCAUUGCUCCCCGUAGCCCAAGAGAACGAGAAAUUCGACAUACAGGCACUGUGGGGAGGCCAAUGGCAGCACGACUUGACGCAGCUGUACUUUGUAGUGGCCUUUUUGUCGUCGACACGCCAGGAGCUGGAUGUGACGCAGAUUCCCAGGCUGCGCACGUCAUACUCGAUGAAGACAUUUGAAGGUGCUUCGGAAGACGCAAAGGCCUUUGCCGAGGAAGCAGUCAGGCAUCCAUUCGUUUCGCUCGACGCAACUGCUGCGCUCUUCAACAUGAUUUUUCAGACUUCAGAGACUUACCAUACUGCUCAACUGAUGGGCAUACCCGACUUGGUGAUUAAUCCCCACACAGCGGAGUUCCUCGUGGCAGCAGCGGCAGUCCCAAAACCCUGGGGUGCUUUACAAGAGCAAGCACUCAAGCAGCUGUUUGAUCCCUACUUUCACAAAAAGCUGCCUAUUUACAACUUUGUGCUUUACGGUCUCUGGCAGCAGGAUAUCCAAUGGCUUGUAGAUCGCUUCGUCGAUGCAUACAACGCCGACUCAAUGGCGCUUACUCUGAUACUGGAGCAUGCGGAGACGAACAACUGGCUGGAGCCAUUGAUCCGCAGCAAUACUGAUAUCAGCUUGGACUUGGCUGCACAAGCACAUGCACGUGGGAAGUUUGACGUUGAGCCUUGGCUGCAACAGACGUUCGACCAAGCCGGGCCACUUUUCCGCCGCAUUCUGACCAACUUUCUAAGUGCGCGGGCCGGGGAAGAGAUGCAGCGCCUUCGAGACGACCACCAACCUCUUAACCUACCACUAGCAGUCAAGACAGUUUACCCGCUUCUCUGGUUUCUUGCAGAAUGCGGUCUGCCAGAGCAGGAGCUGCUGCCCUUGCAGCGAAAUUGUAUCCAGGCCUACCCCCGUCUUAUCAACUAUGGCGAGGGCGUAGACGAUGUGAUUGACGCCAAUGGCCAGAACGGCAACGCACUUCCCGAAGACGCCGACAAAAAGAUGCAGGAGCACUUUAAGAACAUGUACAGUGGUGACAGCGAUGUUAGAGACAUCAUCUCCGCCUUGAAGAAGUACAAGGAAUCCCGUGAUCCGGCGGACCAGGAUCUGUUUGCGUGCAUGAUCCAUGGCCUAUUCGACGAGUACAACUGUUUCGGAGAGUACCCGCUCGAAGCAUUGGCGACCACUGCUGUGCUUUUUGGCGGCAUCAUCAACUUCAAUCUCCUGUCCCGAAUCGCCCUCCAGGUCGGGCUAGCCAUGGUUCUGGAGGCCGUUCAGGAAUUCCGGCCUGAGGACAGCAUGUACAAGUUUGGUCUUCAGGCUCUCAUUCACUUUUCGAAUCGACUUUCCGAAUGGCCCAACUACUGCGACCAACUUCUCAUUGUCCCUGGACUUCAAGGCACUGAGAUUUAUGCCAAGGCCGAAGAGGUAGUAGGCCAGCAAGUUGGUGAAGUCAAUGGCGAGGGCCAUAACGGGAUGGGCAUGACAAAUGGCAAUGGCGUUGAUGAGAACCUCCAUCAAGAACCGGCUGUGCCCAAGUUUAGCUGCCUCUAUGUCGACCCGCCACUCCGCUCAGACCUCUACGAGGACCCAGACGAAGAUGUCCAGGACAAGGUGUUGUUCGUACUGAACAAUGUGUCUGAGCGUAACCUGCGCGACAAGAUUAACGAUCUCACCGAGGCUGUUGAGGAGAGACAUCAUCAAUGGUUUGCCAACUACCUCGUAGAGGAGCGCGCGAAGAUGCAGCCCAACUUUCAACAGUUGUAUCUUGACAUGCUUGACUUGUUCAACGACAAGAUGCUAUGGGCCGAGGUGCUCCGUGAGACAUAUUCCAGUGUAGUCCGCAUGCUCAACACCGAUUCAACGCUGGGCUCCACUGAACGCGGCCAUCUCAAAAAUCUAGGCUCGUGGCUUGGAUCUUUGACCAUAGCUCGCGACCAGCCGAUCAAGUUUCGUAACAUUUCAUUCAAAGACUUGCUGCACGAAGGCUACGACACAGACCGCCUCUUGCUCGUCAUUCCCUUCACUUGCAAGGUUCUAGUGCAAGCCGCAAAGUCUACAAUCUUCAAGCCUCCCAACCCAUGGCUGAUGGAAAUGCUGGGCGUGCUCAUGGAAUUGUAUCACUUUGCCGAUCUCAAGCUCAAUCAGAAGUUUGAGAUUGAAGUGCUCUGCAAGGGCUUGGAGCUCGACCACAAGGAUAUUGAGCCAACGAACAGCAUUCGAGGACGGCCACCAGUCGACGAAGAAUUCCUUGGGUCCAUGGUGGCAGACGGCAUGGAACCCUUUGGGGAUCUCUCCAUUAUGAGUCUGAACCGCGGCGCCCGAGGUCCCAACGAGCGCUUCUCCUCUGCGGCAAUGACGGCCGCUCUGCCCGACUUCACCAACCAGCUUCAGUACCCGCCCUCCGGAAACAGUGCAGUUCCUCCAGCGACACUCAAGAAGAUUUUCCUUACUGCAGUCAACCAAGCUAUCCAGGAAAUCAUCGCCCCUGUGGUCGAACGCUCUGUCACCAUUGCCGCCAUCUCGACAUCGCAACUGAUCAACAAAGAUUUUGCCAUGGAGCCCGACGAGGAGAAGCUUCGUAAUGCAGCACACACUGUUGUCAAGGCUCUCUCCGGCUCUCUGGCUCUUGUCACUUGCAAAGAGCCUCUGCGCAUGAGCAUCCAGAAUAACAUUCGCCUCACAGCCAGGGAUCUUCCCGACCAGGGACUUCCGGAGGGACAUAUCAUCAUGUUUGUCAACGAUAACCUUGACUUGGUCUGCAACACCGUGGAGCAGGCUGCGGAAAUGUCGUCUCUUGCUGAAAUUGACAUGCAAAUCGAAGAAGCUGUCCGCAUACGGCGCAUGUUCCGCAGCUCUCGCCCGAAUGAGCCUUUCAAGGAUGCAAACAUCAGCCCCUGGGCCUUCUACAUCCCUGAGCCCUACAGGCAGAUGCCCGGUGGUUUGAACAGGGAGCAGUUGGCCAUCUAUGAGGAUUUUGGCAGACAAUCACGAGGCGCCCCGCACGUCAACAACACUUCUCAGGACAACGGACGCCAGCUUCCAGAUGUCCUCCAGGACCAGUUCGCGGCGGUACCGAAUCUCCCGACACCAGGUGCUGCACCAGCAGAGCCACGACAACCGGCACAGCAGCAGCCUAGGCUACAGAGCCUUCAAGCACCCCAUGCAGCGCUAACCCAGCAACAGCCCAACGGCUACAUGGACACACCUGGGCUUGAGCGAGGUCAACGUGGCGUAGAGGAUCUCCUCCUUGAGCUGACCCGUAUCAUCAAGGAGGCGCCAGAGGAGCGUAUAAGUGACCUUCAGCCUGGCAGCAGCAGCGUCCACCAAGUCUUUGACCAGCUUAUUUCAAGCAUUGAGUACGCCGGGCCCAACAAGGAGACGUGGGCUUUCCGCAUCGCUGGACAAGUCACGAACCACCUCUUUUCUGACUCUUUGAGCCGCUUGGAGGUUGAGGUUAUGGCCCAUCUUCUGAGCCACCUCUGCCAGUUGUCUGUCCAGACAUCACGACAAGUGCUGAUGUGGUUGGCCACCCUCCAUGAUGACGAUCGUAUUUUCAAGGCUACAGUCAUGGUGGCGCUCAUGGAGGUCAACCUAAUGGACAUGCACCGCCUGAAUACGACAAUUGCCAAGGCCAUCCAAGAGCGACGCGUCGCUGCGGUUGAGAUGCUGUCAAGUCUGAUGGAAGAGCUUCUCCUCAACGAACACCCGAGCGCCUUCCGUGCGGACUUUGCCAUGUCCAUCGACGCGCUCACUACUUGGCUGGCAGAAGACCCCAGCUUCGAACUCGGAAAGCGGGUCAUUGCCAAUCUGCAAGCGCCCUCCAGUGACCAGUCGCUCACCCCACCGGCAUCCGGCCACAAGGACCAGCUUGAGUAUGUGUUUGACGAGUGGGUACAUCUUCAAAUGGAAAACAUACCAAAGAAAACGGUUGGUGCUUUCAUCUACCAGCUUCAUCAACAAAAGGUGCUGGAGACGCAGGAGUCCUCGGUUGCUUUCAUUCGCACCUGCAUUGACGCCUCGGUCAUUGCAUACGAACAGGAGCACUCGUCUCCAUAUGGCAGCGGUAACGAAGACAUUGCAACGGUCAAGGUCGAUGCCCUUGGUAGGCUCAUCGUCGAUCUCCUUGUGUACCAAGGUGAGCAAGAGGGUGCGGCCAAGAAGAACAAAGCGAGGUACUUGGACCAGAUGCUCGUUGUCGUAGUGCUCGUCCUCUGCAACCACCACAACACUCGGGAAGAUGGCUUCAACCAGAAAGUGUUCUUCAGGCUAUUCUCUGCGAUUCUGUUCCAUUUGAACGACGCAGUAAAAGAAGAGGCGCUAGCAGACCAGAAGGCCGACAUCUUCCUUGCAGUCGCCAAGGCUCUUUUGAUCGUUCAGCCUUCCAACAUUCAACGCUUUGCCUUCUCGUGGCUUGCGUUGGUUGCGCAUCGCAUCUUUGUACCUGCCAUGCUGGAAGAGGGCCAAGAUGACAAGCGGUGGGACAUUUACGCUCAGCUCGUGGAGACACUCUUGAUCUUCACUGGGAAACUCAUCAAGCCUACCGGAGAAACGAUCAUGACCCAGCAGUUCUACCGCGGCGUUCUGCGGGUGUUGCUGGUUAUUCACCACGACUUCCCAGAGUUCUUGGUCGAGAACCAUUUCAGGUUCUGCAACAGCAUUCCGAUGCACUGCACGCAACUCCGGAACCUGAUCGUGAGCGCAUAUCCCUCCACCAUCCUCGAGAUGCCGGAUCCAUUCACUGCAGGACUAAAGGCAGACCGCCUUGACCAUGAGCUUCAAGCUCCUGUCAUUCGUGCUGAUAUUGCGCAGAUGCUGGCAGACGCAGGCAUCAAGAGUGCCAUUGACGGUCUUCUCAAGAGCUCGGAGCUGAAGAACCAGGACGUCGACAAGGUCUGCCGCGCAGUGUAUUACUCGGAGCCCAAGCCUGCAGGUUUCGAGCUGGUCCCUACAACAGCCAACCCAGCGCUGAUCCACGCCAUCACUCUAUACAUUGGCAUCUCGACUCUGGGCGCAGGGCCAGUUAGUGCACCAAUUUUUGACACCGAGAGCCCAGCGACCAAGGUUAUUGAGAGGCUUGCCAAGGACUUCCACCCGGAAGCUAGAUUCCACUUUAUUAGCGCGAUUGCGAACCAGCUCCGCUUCCCGAACACGCACACUCACUUCUACAGCUAUGCGCUGCUACAUCUCUUUGGGCCUCCGAACGACGACUCGCUAGCGUUGGAGAUCCAGGAGACCAUUACCCGUGUGUUGCUGGAGCGCCUCUUGGUUCACCGCCCACACCCAUGGGGCCUCAUCAUCACAUUGCUGGAAAUUUUGAAGAACCGCACAUAUGCAUUCUGGGAGCUGCCAUUUGUCAAGGCAGCGCCUGAAGUUGAACGGCUUCUCAACGCUCUCUUCACGCACGCUCAACAGAGCCCACGUCCACUAGCUUAGUCGGCUGGCGGCGCCACGUCGACGUUCGCCCCAAGAGUGCAUCUAAGAGGCACCAGCAAUCUUCCGCCACUGUACUUACCCGUGCACUCUGGCCACAGGUAGACUCUUGCCCCUGAUGCAUGGCGGUUCUUCAUUUCCUUCUCCCUAUAAUACAUUUCCUACCUGGUCAUUUGGCAUUUCUCGGCUGCUUACGGGAUCACGACUCGAUUGGGCUGGCCGGCAAACAAGGUUAAUGAUGAUCCCACAGACACGGACAUGGAGAUGAUCAUGGACUGGAAGGACGUUGGGGGUUUUUGCUAUCAAUUUCUGUCUUGGUUCAUGAUACAAAAAAGCACGGAGUUCUUCGGGAUCGAGUUGGGUAUUUCUAUCCGUCACGGAGAUGCUUUACUAGUCAUGUCUUUUGCGCAUUCUUGUAGAAUAGCAUUUGCUCGGCGAAC